AUGGGUAAGGGUACUCCAUCCUUUGGUAAGCGUCACAACAAGUCUCACACUUUGUGUAACAGAUGUGGUCGUCGUUCUUUCCACAUUCAAAAGAAAACCUGUUCUUCCUGUGGGUACCCAGCUGCUAAGAUGAGAUCUUACAACUGGGCUACGAAGGCUAAGAGAAGAAGAACCACUGGUACCGGUAGGAUGAGAUAUUUGAAGCACGUUGCUAGAAGAUUCAAGAACGGUUUCCAAACUGGUGAGGCUAAGCCUCAAUCUGCCUGA